AUUAACUUCUGUCCUUGAAUAAAUGAAUACUUAAGGGUAGCCCAAGUUCCUUGAGAGAGCACCUGAUAGCGGAUGCUUGUGGUAAACCAUGGCAGCUGAUGAUAAGGUUGCCAUUCUAACUGAUGAUGAAGAAGAACAGAAGAGGAAGUAUGUGCUUGCUGAUCCUUUCAAUGGCAUUUCCAAGGAUCAGGACUUACCACCCCAUAAUGAAUCCCCAUCAACAGAGACAACUGCUGCCCCAGAGGAAGAGCUCGACUGGUUGGAAAAGCACUGCGUCAAGAUAAACAAUGACCUUCUGAUCUCAAAGGUCUUUUAUUUUUUCUUCUAUUCUGCUUAUGGCUCUCUCUACCCCUUGCUGCCUGUGUAUUACAAGCAGCUGGGAAUGUCACCCAGUCAGAGCGGACUUCUGGUGGGCAUCAGGUACUUUAUUGAGUUUUGCAGUGCUCCCUUCUGGGGAGUGGUGGCAGAUCGUUUCAAGAAAGGGAAGAUAGUCCUCCUGUUCUCACUUUUAUGUUGGGUUUUAUUUAACCUGGGGAUUGGAUUUGUUAGACCAGCCACCUUAAGAUGUGUACCAAAGGGCUUUCCCCCAGCACAUCCCACCAACGCAAGCAGCCUUUUAACAGCAGUUCCACAAAACACCUCCAUGUCUUCUCCACUGCCCACAGCCACUACUGCACCCCCAAAAGUUCGUGGGAAGAGAGACCUGCUCACUUCUAGUCCAACCACUUCUGAAACAGCAGGGACACCUAAUCCUGAAAUAAUUUCCCUGCUACCUACACAGAGCAGUGAUUUGGAGUUUGUCUUGGAGAACAGUACCCAUUUGAUCUUGAAGAACACCACCCUUAGCCCAGUCUCACUGAGGAACAUGACUCCAAGUAGCACCUCAGCUGCCAUCACCACAAAGCCGAUGCCUUCUGACCAAGCCGUGCUGGUUUAUGACCAACAAGAAGUAGAAGCCAUCUUUCUGCUCAUUCUGCUGGUUGUCAUCAUAGGAGAAUUUUUCAGUGCUUCCUCUGUUACUAUUGUGGACACUGUAACUCUGCAGUACCUUGGCAAGCACAGGGACCGGUAUGGGUUGCAGCGCAUGUGGGGCUCUCUGGGCUGGGGGCUGGCCAUGCUCUCCGUGGGGAUUGGCAUUGACUACACCCAUACAGAAGUUGCCAUCGAAGGUCAAGGAUGUAAAGCCCCCGAGUACAAGAACUACAGGAUAGUCUUCAUCGUUUUUGGUGUUCUGAUGACAAUGGCAUUAAUUGUGGCCACCCAGUUCCGAUUUCAUUACUCGCACUUCAAGCAAGAUGAAAACAAGAGGAAAGAGGUAGAAAUCUCACAGGCAGACAGAAGUGCCUCCAACGACUCCUCUGAUAACACUCCCACCAGUGUCAGCCAGUCCCAGUCUUUCAGUUUUUGGGACCUCAUAAAGCUGCUGUGUAGUAUCCAGUACGGCUCAGUGCUCUUUGUGGCAUGGUUCAUGGGGUUUGGAUACGGCUUUGUGUUCACCUUUCUUUACUGGCACUUGGAAGACCUGAAUGGCACCACCACUCUUUUUGGAGUUUGUUCUGUGCUCAGUCAUGUCUCUGAGCUGACUGCCUACUUCUUCAGCCACAAACUGAUUGAAUUGGUUGGCCAUAUCAGAGUGCUGUACAUUGGCCUUGCCUGCAACACAGCUCGAUACAUUUACAUCUCCUACCUGGAAAACGCCUGGACUGUUCUCCCGAUGGAAGUGCUUCAAGGUGUCACACAUGCAGCUAUAUGGGCAGCUUGUAUCUCCUACCUUAGUGCAGCAGUGCCACCAGAGCUGAGGACAUCAGCCCAGGGAAUCCUCCAAGGGCUCCACCUGGGCCUGGGCAGAGGAUGCGGUGCUAUGGUUGGAGGAGUUCUGGUCAAUUACUUUGGUCCUGCUGCCACAUUCAGAGGAAUAGGGAUGGCUUGUUUAGUGAUCCUUCUGCUGUUUGCACUGAUCCAGUGGAUGUUGGUUCCUGAUGAAGAAGAAGAAAAGACAAUGCUGGCAGAAAGGAUCCCAGUGCCUUCCAGUCCUGUUCCCAUAGCAACUAUUGACCUUGUGCAGCAGCAAGCAGAAGAUAUCAUGCCUCGAACUGAGCCCAGACUCCCUCUAAAGAAAACAAAACACCAGGAAGAGCAAGAGGAUGUGAACAAGCCUGCCUGGGGCAUCAGCUCUUCUCCUUGGGUCACCUUAGCUUAUGCUGUCUACCAGAUAAAAGAGAUGGUUAAACUGUCCAAAACCAAUCCAACGCCUGAGAAUCAGCCUUUGCAGAAAACCAGUGAGAACUGCAGCGCUUCAUCACCCACCUCAGCAAGACAACCCCCAAGUCCAACAGACUCUGGGCAGCCCAGAACUUGCUCAGCACCAACACCUCCAGCCACAUCCGACCCCCACGCAGACGGCGACCGCGCUGCCUUGGAUCGUGCUGCUCAGCCUGCUGCUCCAGGGCCCUGAGGGGCCCUCACCUUAUCAAAUCCCCUGCAUGGAAUUCUGCUUCUCACCUGGGAAAACGCUGGAGUAGGAGCUCAAAAGUAGGACUUCCUUCAUCUUAACGAUCAUAAUGUGAUGCAGUGCAAGCUUUUAACUAUAUAAAGAAUAUUCAUAUGACUACACAGAGCAACAUGAGCAGGGAAGCCAAAAGUUUGGAGUUCUAGAGGGAAGUGCUGUGGCUGGAUCUGACAGCAGGAAGAAUUCUUGGCUGCCUUGCUGAAGCUGAGUCAAGCACUAUAAGAUUGCUUUGCAGCCUGUAGAAGAAGGGGAGUUCACUCCUCACUCAUCGAGGCACAGAGUGUCUUACUUCGAUUGAGUGAUUUUUCUUUUUUUUUUCUUCUUCUUGUUUGAAUUUGCUCCACAGACAAAAUUAAAAGACUUUUUAGGAGAGAAACUGAGUUUCCCUGCAUCAUCUGUUACAAAAUCUCAGCUCCAUUAAAUACAGGAACAGCACGAAACUGUCUCUGCAAAGAUUUCUCAGCAACAGAGUAGCUACAGGAAGCAUUCUGGUGAUGGAUGGAGUCACACACAGAGACGUAUUCAGAGUAUGAUUGUGAAGCUAAGGUUAUCUUGUUUGAGAUCAAGGUUUAGUUCUGCAAAGCCAAGGUUUGGAACUGGAGGGAGGCUUCUGAAGAUGGUCACCUCUAUGCUCACAGCCCUUGGCUGGGGCACAGGUUGUGUGCAUUGGGGUCAUUUUAGGUUUGAUGCUGUGUUGGGAGUAGAAUCUUUGCUCAGGAUUGCACAGCCCAAGACUGAUGAAGGGUUUCAAUGGACAGGCUGCCGUUUGGGGUUUUAUUUCAUCAUCUAGACAAUGGUUUAUUUAAUGCAGUGUGGUUACUGUGGUUAUUUAUUAAGAAAACUGUAAGCUUUAAGUGCCUAGGGAAGGUGGGGGGUAGGGAGGAAUCAUUAGGAUUAUAGAGGCAAAGCUGCAGAGCAGAGUGGGAGAUUCUCAGGAGGAAGCAAGUGUAAGUCAGCUGCAGUACGUUUAGGAAAUUGCUUUGCCUGAUGUCCAGACACUGGAAGACUUUGGAUGCUGUUGUUUUGCAGCCAGCUGACUGGCUGGAGCAUGGUGACAGCUGCUGCUGGAGGGGAAUGCUUGGGCUCAGGGAGGAGUCAGGAGUGUUUAGUCAGGAGUGUUUUGGCCCUUUAGCUUUCAUUAAGAGCUGUUUCCCAGGAGAUUCUGUGCACUCAGCUCCUACAGGACUGCAUGUGGCUCAGCCCUCCUUGAAGUCAGAUCUAUGUAUCAGGGAAGGUGUGUGGUGGGGCUGUGCUGUGAUCCAGAGGCAGGACUAACGGGAGCAUGGGGUCAGGAGAGAGGAAGCAGGAGAGAGCAGCAAAGCAGGAGACAUCCUGCACGUUGCCAUCCAGCUAGCUCGAUGGAAGGGGUAUCCCAUAGCCGUGCUUUAGCUGUGCUUUUAGAACAACCCAUGUUCUGGUGGUGCCUGGGACCAACACCAUAGACAAGAAGAAACAUUGAUGACUAGCCACUAGUUACUUUUUUUGCACUCAAACUUAAAUGUACUGUACUCAUAUAAAUCCUCAUGACUUGUCUAAGUGUCCUUUAAAAUCAAAAUGUAUUUAUUGUAUCUUUGUAUAUCUGGGGGGGAGAGCUAAAGGCUGAACAGGUGACAGGAUGGAAGGAUGCUAGGAAUCAUGGAGGCAAAGCAAGCACCUGUUGAGUUGCUGCUGUGUUUCCUGGGCUGCUGGUGCAGAGCAGCUGGGUGGAAGAAGCUUGCCCGCGGUGCUGCCACCUCGGAAUCGAGUGUUUGAAAUGCCUGCUCCUGGGGGAAUUUUUUGUCGUUCUGUGUUGCGCAACGAACGUGUUCACCUGGGGUCUGGUAUCUGUGACACUGUACAAG